UGACUCACGUGACACACGCUUGCUUGCCUUAGCAGCACCGAAGAAGACCAUGGAAAAUGACGCACAUCCUCCGUCAAUGCUCUCGCAUUAGCAUUUGCUUUUAAAGAAAAAAUGCGCUAUUAUUUCCUCGGUUACUGAAUCUUUGUUUUAAGACAACAGUAGAUGCGACACCGAUUCAAUAGCUUGGAUCUGCAGAAUGUCCAAGAUCAGGCGGAAGGUUACAGUGGAGAAUUCAAAAACAAUAUCUGACAGCAGCAGCACCACCGCAUCCAGCAGCACCAGCAACCCUGCCGCCCCCUCCCGCCGACCCAGUGUGUUUGAACGACUUGGCCCGAGCACUGGGAGUAAUGCUGCUGAUAGUCACUGUAGAAAUUGGCUGAAGACCGGAAACUGCAGUUACGGCAACACCUGUCGCUACACACAUGGAACUCAACCACGAGGCAAAGGAUUUAACUUCAGCCGGUCAGCAGAGAGACCCACAGGUGAUCUGCGGGAGAGGAUGAAGAAUAAAAGACAGGAUAAUGACCCAGAAAGUGUGAAGCGUGAUUUGGACGAGCCCACAUCGCCCACAGGAAGAAAGAAAGAAUCCUCCAGAGGCCGACACAGAGAGAAGGAAGAUAUCAAAAUUACAAAGGAGCGUACCCCAGCCAGCGAAGAAGAAACCACAGAGUGGGAGACAACUCGUGAGGAUUCAGAUAUUGGCGACUAUGACUACGAGUUAUCCCUCGAGAUGAAACGUCAGAAGAUUCAACGUGAGCUGAUGAAACUGGAGCAGGAGAAUCUGGAGAAGAGAGAAGAGGUUGUCGCCAAGAAAGACGAGACCGCCACCAAAACGAGAUCUACGGCCAUGCAAAAAGCCUCCCCUGAGCCGCUACCCUCCCGAGACUCCCCUACACCCAGGAAGUCAAGUGGCUCCCCGAAACACAAAAGCGGAGUCAAGGGGUCCGGAAAGAAAGAGAAGAAGGCAUUAGCAUCCUUGCCCAUCACAGAAAUUUCCAAAUCUUCAAAAGGAUCCCACAGUAAGAAGAAAGGGCCUCGCACCCCCAGUCCUCCCCCUCCAGUGCCUCUGGACAUCCCCGUGGUCGGAAAGAAGCACAAAGGCAAGCACAAAAACAAAGAGAAGGGCGAGGAGAAGCAGAAGGAGGGAAAAGACAGGGGGCGUGAUGCAGAAAAACAUAAAGGACAAACCAAAAAGGAAAAGCGCAGGGAUCGAUCAGAUAGUACCCAUAAGGCCAAGCGCUCGGUGACGUCAGAGGAGCGGUUUGAUAGCGUGUCGCCCUCCACCAGGAAGAAGUCUGUUUCACCCAAAGCGUCUUCACACAAAGUCCCUAUAAUGGCGUCGCCCCCUCGCAGAUCUCCAUCUCCUCAACUCCACCAGCGCACGCCCACGCCGCCCCACCGCCGCUCUCCUUCCUCCCGCUCCGACUCCUCCCCGCAGCGGCAUUCGUCCUCGCCUCGUCGCAGACGCUUGUCCUCCCCCGCCUACCACCGCAGCUCCGCAGCGGCGGCCUCGUCGCCGCCGAGGUCCCAGCGCUCGCGAUCUCCCGCCGCUUCCCACGACGCAGCAUCACCCCACCGGCGCUCUGAUAGGUCAAGUCCCCGCCACUCGAGAGGUCGUGAGAGAAGCCGCGGCGACAGAGAGAGGAGUCCGCAUGCGCAGGAGCGAAGACGUGAGCACAGAGAUGAGAGCCGAGGCAAGCGAGAGAAGGAUAAUAACCGUGAUGACAGGGACUACGACACGGAGCAGGCCUUGGCGCGGGACAGCCGUGACGACCGAGAUUCCAGGGAAGCCCGAGAGCGACGAGACGGUCGAGGACGGGACGCCACCAGAGAGCCUCGUGACCGCAGAGAUGCGAAGGAAACAAGAGAGAGCAGGACAGAAACCCGCUCAAGUCGAGAGUCACUUGAACGUCGGGAUCGUGAGCGGGAACGUGAAAAAGAGAGGGACAGGGAGAGAGAGCGGGAAAAGGAGAGGGAAAGAUUGGAGACCCUCAGAAAGGAGGAAGCGGCCCAGGACGACAGGAGUUACGGGAGAUCUCAUGGACGUGAAGAAGGAGGGAGAGAAGGACGAACUGAGACCAGAAAUGAGCGAAACGGACGAGGGAGGGGACGUGAAAUACCUGAAAAAGGCUCAAACAGGAACUCUAGGGGGUCUCAGCUGGACAGCGGCCAUGACAACUGGGAGUCUCGAAGCAGUGGUGCGCGUGAACGCAGCGCAGAGAGGAACACGGACCGCAAUGCCUCGGAAAGAGUUACAGAGCGAGACCGCUACGAUGGAGACAAGAGAGGAGAGCAGGCCCGAGACUCUUCAUACGACAGGAGAGGCGGUCACAGUGAAAGAGACCGCAGAGAUAAUCGUGACAGAGAUCAAAGGGCAGCUUCCCCAAACAGACACCAGAGAAGAUCGGAGGAAUCAGAGAGGGACGAGAGAAGGGACGAGCGCAGGACAGAUCGAGGCGAGGACAGACGGGACGAAAGGACCAGAGAUCGUGAGAGAGAGCGGGAACGGGAGAAAGACAGGGAGCGAGAGAGGGAAAAGGAGAGGGAGGCUGAGAGGGAGCGUGCCAGAGAGCGGGAAAGGGAGAGAGAGCGGGAGCGGGAAAGGGAGCGGGAGAGAGAGGAGCGAGAGCGAGAACGGGAGAGAGAGGAGCGAGAGAGGGAGCGGAAGGAACGAGAACGGGAGAGGGAGCAGCGGGAGCGUGAGAGGCAACGGGAAUGGGAGGAGCGAGAGAGGGGGAGGGAGGAAAGGCGGGACAGGAGAGAAGAUACCCGGGACGACCGCGCCGUUCGAGAAACGCGGGACGAUCGCAAAACAAGUCGCAAGAGACACAGAUUGGAGAGCAGCCCGAGCCCCCGACCUUCACCCAAGCGAGUGACGCGCGACGUCAGCCCCGCAGACAGCGAUGGCUACAACAGCACAGAUGAGAAAAGUGAGCGUCCAAUUGGCCGAGGACAGGCCAAGCUCCACCCACAGCCCCUUCCCCCCAGCACCGUGUGUCCGCCUCCAAGUGACAGUGCAGAGAAGCAUCGCAUCCUGAGCCAGGUGGUGAGACCCCAGGAGCCCCUGUUGCGCUCCCCAUCGCGGACUGCCGCACCUGAUGACAAGUCUGGCCACUGGAAGGAUGAGGAGCACAGAGGAGCUGCAGACAAAAGGGACAUGCGAAGUCGACACGAAGACCAAGAGGCCCGAGGCGAGAUCAGCAGAGCAGGUGACCGGCGGGGAGAUCAGUUGUCAGACGUCCACGCAGACGCUCGAAGCCGUGCCAGAGACGUGCAAGAACCCACACCGCCUCCCGUUUCUGUGGCUCCUAGCGCUGAGGGUAAAGACAGAGAUGUUGCCGGGUCACAACCCCAAGAAGACAGCAAAAAGAAGACCAAAUCACUGAGGAAGGCCUUAAAGAAAGGGCGCAAAGAUGAAAGUGAGGUGGUUGCUGGCAAAGUUCUACCUGAACCCCCGGCUAGCAUUACGGCAGUUGGACCUCCAUCUAUACAGUCACCAAGGAAAGGAGCAAAGAAGAAAGUGCUUGAGCGAAAGAGGAAACGGUCGCAUGGAGGAGAUUCUGAUGUAUCUGAGGAGGACUCUUCAGUGCAACAACCCCAUAAUAAGAAGAAGAGAGGACCACGGACACCGCCUCCAUCAUUGAGACCAGGUCACCGUAGCACUGUAGCCAAUACUGAACCCACUCCACAGUCCAAAAUGGACAACUUCAGUGACUGGUCAGAUGAAGAGGUGUCAGAUCGAGGACAAUUGGACUGCGCGCUUGCUGAGCGAGUUCCAGCCGAGCCUCUUCGGAGAGUUGGUGGCCCCAGGAUGGGCCGUGAAAGAGACAGAUGCAACCCCCCGACAAUCGCCCCUCUGCUUCUGCAGGAACCUCCAAUGAUUCUGCAGACGUUAACGCCUCAGCCACUAAUGUCCCAGCCUCUUCUGCGUAAACCUCUCCCAGAGCAGACGCGCAGCAGCAGCAUGGGGAGCAACCAGAGCCGUACGUCUUCCAGGCGCCCGCGGUCGCCCUCCAAUGAGUCGGCCCCCCGUGACGACCUCCAAGGACAGCGCUCCCGCAGGGGCCGCCUUCAAGGCAAUAGCGCACAUGACCGCGAACGGGAAAGAGAAAGGUUGGCAGUGAAUGACCCGCCUGUAACCGAGAGGAAAUCAAGAAUUGACCAGUUGAGGAGAGGCGAGCCAAGCCGCAGUACUUCAUCAGACCGCCAGGAUUCCCGCAGCCACAGUUCCAGGCGUAGCUCCCCCGACUCCGAGAGACAGGCCAGGCCCCAGUCUCGUGCCGGCUCCUACGACAGUCGAGAGCGGGAACGGGACAGGGAGCAGUUUGAUCGUGAACGGGACCGAAAAGACGUCCGGCAACAGCAGCCAGGCCUGAUACUCCAGCAACCUCUUCAACAGCAGAGAGACUGGGACUCCGAAUCCAGGGACUGGCCCAGUAGGGGACGGGAGCCCCUGCUCUUGCGUCCUGGCCGUGAACCUCUUCUGAGGGAGAGGGAAGUCCGGGAGCGGGAACGCUUACUCCCUGAGGGACUCAUUCAGCAGCAUGAGCGAGAACGGGAGCGCGAGAGAGAACGUGACCGAGGCGACAGAGAAAGGGAGAGAUUGAUGAUGCUGGACUUGUCCUCCCACUCUGACUCCAGAGCUGCGGGGCGAGGUGACCUGAUAAGGCAAGACAGAGGUGACUAUGAACCUCUCCUGCCAAGAGAAGCCUUCAGUCCACCUGAACCUGAGAAACCAAGCAACAGUCAUCAUGUGGCGGGCGAGCAGCCAGAGAUGGAGCAAAUAGACAGCAUCGAUGGAGAGGAUGAUGGGAAAGAAGACAGCCAAUCAGUGGCAUCUGUUGGAGAAGAGUAUGAACCAAUCAGUGAUGAUGAGCUUGAUGAAAUUCUGGCUGACAGUCAGAAGAAGGAAGACCAGCAGGAUGAAGAGAAAAUUGCAGGCCCUCUGGAUGUCACUGAUGUGGACUGGUCUAGCCUGAUGCCCAGACAGAAACAGGAACCCAGAGCUGCCGGGGCAGCAUUGCUGCGUUUCACCCCAGGGGCUGUCCUUCUCAGGGCAGGGGUCUCCAAGAGACUCGCUGGGCCUCAACUCCUCGAGAAGGUCAAAGAAGUCUGUAAGGCAGAGCUGGAUGACCCUAAAGAUGUCGACAAGCUGUUCGAGCACGACCUCGGCGCCUUAAACAUGGCCGCCCUGAACAGACGUGUAGAAAGGGCAGGUCUACUCAGCAACUUGGGACCCUGCUGCAAGGCUCUGUGUGCCCGCAGGGACUUUGCCAUCCGCAGGCAGCUGUUAAAAAAUGACAAGGGCCUCACCAAACAGUAUCCUGUGAACCCUGUGGUGGACAGUGAGCUGCUGCAAAUGGGCAUGCGUCUUUUUAGGAAAACCGUGGCUGGACAGAUGUCUGCUCCAAUAAGGUCAGACAGUGGCUCGGAUCCGGCUGCUGAACCGAGUUUGCCAACACCGCCAGUUGCGGCACAGCCAAAAGUUUGCGUGUCCUGAGAUGAAGAAAGAGGUUUUAGGAGGGAAACGCAUGAACAUAAUUGCUUGUGAGCCCCAACUUCUCCCUAACUUUCUCGUUUCAUCACAGACACCCGUUUUUUUUAGUAGGAAAUAAACACAGAAAUGUUGUGAAUCAUUAUUUACGUUUAAAAGGUUUUGCACGUUUUCUGUGCCGUGGAAUACUGGACCUUCCAGCUCAGAGGAAGGCUUGUCAUUAACCUUUAAAAAAUACAUUUACAAGAUUUUUAAAGCUUAUUUUGAUUUUUAUUGUCAGUAAUUUGCCUUAAAUCAGUGUCCUAUUUUCGUACAUUUCUUACAGAAAGUGGCUUCUUGUAGAAAACAUUAGAUCCAUUGUCAAAAUAAUUGUAAUAGCGUUGUAAUAGAUGACAUGUUUUGUCUUUGCAACUUUUAUUUGGCAUUACAAACAUUACUUUUCAGUAACAAUAUAAUGUAACUGAUCACACAAUCUGCAGCCAAAAUAAAUCUUAAACCCAUUCAAAAUGAUUUAUUUUCAGAGAUGUUUUUAUAACAAUUUUGUUUCAUCUUGUCUAUGAGGCAUCUUGUUUAAGUGUGCAUCACCACUAGUUUACCUUUUUACGCCCGGGUCUUGCUCUGUAUGAAAGUUCAGCCUUCAAGUGUGACAUGUGACGUCUGACAAGUUACUCAAUUAUUGCGUGCAGGUGCAGUCCAGCUACUCAGACAUGUUUUGCCAGGAUGUUACUAAAUGUUGCUCGAAUUUCAGCACGGUUUCCUUUUUCGGUUGUAAUUUCAAUGUUAGAUAGUAGGAUUUGCUUUGGCAGUACAGUAAGUCCAAGCUUUGAACUGAUGUCUGUGCUUAUACUGUAGAAUUCUGAGUACCAUAACUAUGGUGACACCAUAGCUGGAUAAGUGGACCCUGAAUUGGUGAACUAUUAGUCAAUGCUGCAGCUCAAAUGCAAUGGACCAGCUGCAUCAAUACUCCCUCUCAACUGUCUUAACAGAACAAUAACAAUGUGAACUUAAGUCCUGGAUUCCACAUGAUGCAAUCUUGAAUUCAUUGACAUUGUAGACACUUCUCUUGUGAUACUAAAGGUAUUUGUGUUGCAUUCCAAGCUUUCCAGUUUAUUUUUGUUUAGUCAAUAUGGAAUUUGCACUUUAAAAAAAAAAAAAAAGAUAAAUGAUCAGAGUGUUUACACCUUCCAAUUGACGGGUAAACUGAAUUUAUUGCAACUCUGUUCCCUGUUGACAAUUAUAUAGAUAUUUUUCAAAUAAAAUGACCGCUUUUUGCAAAGGUUUUUUGGAUUUGCUAUACAAUAUUCACAUUGUGUGUGGUAAAAAGUUUAGUUUGUUGGACUUUUAACAGCAGAAUUUACAGUACUGUUUAUUUUAUGAAUAAAAGAUACACCCUUAUACGUCAUAUAUGUACAGCAACAUUUGUUUUCUGCAUUUUUUAACCCAUCCUCAUGAGGUACAGUACAGCGCACAAGGAACGGAUCCGGUUUGGAGUGCAGGGGAGCUGAGCAUCAAUGGAUGGGCGACGCCUUUUUUUGUGAUUUUUAUUUUUAUUUUUUUAUUUCUGCAAUUUGUGCAUGGUAUGUUAUAAGAGAAGAUUUAAAAACAGUAAAUGUGAUGAAACGUGA